UCCGUUCAGUUUCUCUUCCCGCUGGGCGCGACCAGAGCCCAGAAACGAAACUGGGGGCCCCGUCGCCGGAGCCAACAUCCCCCGCUCGUCCGCACCGCUGCUGGACCCCAUGUUGCCCGCCAUGAUCGUCUCCUCCCCCCCAGACUCCCGGUCCGAAGGCCACCGGUCCAACCCCAGCCCCAUGGAGCAAUCCACGGAGGAGGAAUUCCAGUUCCUGCACUGCCAGCGCUGCAAGUCUGAAGCCAAGUGCCCCAAGCUGCUGCCUUGUCUGCACACCCUGUGUUCCAAAUGCCAGCAGGAGUCCGACCUGCAAUGCCCCAUCUGCCAGGCUCCCUGUUCCCACAUCCUGGAUAACAUCUUCUUCCAGAAUCUGCAGCAGAACUUGUCGCUCUACCGGCAGAUCCGGAGCCCCCAUGCGGCUUGUACUCGCUGCAAAGAGAGCGCGGACUUCUGGUGUUUCGAGUGCCAGCAGCUCCUAUGCGCCAAGUGCUUUGAGGCGCACCAGUGGUUUGUUAAGCACGAGGCUCAUCCCCUGGCGGAUUUCGAGAGCCAACCAGUGCACGAGUUCCUGGAGCGCAUGCGCAAGUUCAACAUCUUCUGCUCCAACCCCAGGCACAAGUCGCCGGAGUUGACUAGCAUCUACUGCAGGGGCUGCGCCAAGCCGCUGUGCUGCUCGUGCGCGCUCCUCGACACGGGCCACAGCCAGGACAAGCGGGACAUCUGCACCGAGAUUCAGCAGCGACAGGAGGAGCUGGACACCAUGGCGCAGGCGCUGCAGGUACAGGAGGGCGCCUUCGCGGAGGCGCACGCGCGCAUGGCCACCAUCACCAGCCAGCUGGACAGCAUACGCAAGGACACGGAGAAACUGAUCCGGUCGCAGGUGAGCGAGGUGGUGGAGCAAGUGCUGGCGCUGGAGCGGGAGUUGCUGCAGAGCGUGGAGGCGCGGUUCGAGCUUGACAACCAGGAGAUCGCCAAGCACCUGGGCCACCUGGACGCAGUGCUGCAGCGCAUCCGCACGGGGGGCACGCUGGUGCAGAAGAUGAAAGGCUACGCUUCGGGCCAGGAGGUGCUGGACAUGCACAGCUUUCUGUGCGAGGCAUUGCGCUGCCUGAGCCAGGAGGAGCCCCAGAGCCUGAAAGCCCCCGUGAGCCCCCACAGCUUCGAGGAGUUCAAAGAUGAGUUCAAGGAGCGCCUGAAGACCCUCGUGUCUUCCAUCACCUGGGAGAUGGAUGAAGCUCAACCCAAGAGAGCCAAUCCCGAGGCUGCCAGCACUCCCGGGGACCCUUUUGAUGUUGACCUGACAGCAGUGGUGGAGCAGCAGGCUCAGGAGCAGGCCCUGAGGCAGGCCGAGGCCCAGCCGAUGGCCGUGGUACAGCAAGAGCCCGGGGCGCACCCUGUGCCCCUGUUCGCAUUCUCCAUCAAAGACCCCUCCCUCAGAGAGGAGGUCUCCAGCUCACCCACAGCCCCGAAGAGGAAGUCCUGCCAGACCGAGAGCCCCAGGAAAGUCAUCAAGAUGGAGUCCGAGGAAGGGAAAGAGGUGCCCCCGGAGCAGCCCAGGCACAGGACCUCCACGGCAGUCUCAGCACCCCACUCGGAUGGGCCCUCCAGCCCCAGGAGCCCCACCGUUGAACGUGAAGUCUUCCUGCCCAACAACCAUGAGGCCGACCAGCCAGGGGAAGCAGAGGAGCGAGUCGUGGUGAUCAGUAGCUCGGAAGACUCAGAUGCCGAGAACUCGCCCUCCGGAGAGCUGACCGACAGCAGCAGCGAGUCCAGUGACCUGCAGCUGGAAGACCCCAGCUCCCUCAGCACCCGGGAUGAGACCCUCUCCGACUCCCCAGCAGACGACAGCCCCCUGGUUUUCUUCGACCUCAAAUUUGACCAGGAAACCCAGAAGAUUAGCCAACUGGCAGCCGUGCACCAGGAGAGCAAGUUCCGCGUGCUGAUCGAGCCAGAGGCCGUCUUCAGCGUCUACUCCAAGGCCGUGUCCCUGGAGGUGGGCCUUGCCCACUUCCUCCGCUUCCUAGGCUGCAUGCGCCGCCCCAUCCUGGCCUGCUAUCAGCUGUGGGCACCGGCCCUCCCCAACUUCUUCCGGGCCCUGGAGGACAUGAACAGCCUGUGUGAGUUCCGGAGGGCCAUCUCAGGCUUCCUGGACAUCCGGCCACUGCUCCAGGAGCGGAUGCCCGAGGCCAGCAGCUUCAAACUGAGGAAGCUGGCCAGGACCUACCUGGUGAGGAAUAUGAACGAGCGCAGUGCCCUGGCCACCGUGCUCGUCAUGCGAGACCUGUGCCGCCUCUUCGAUGUCCACCCGGGCCUCCCGCUGGUCCGGCACAUCUACUCGGUCAGCAGCCUGCAGUGCUUCGCCUCCCUGCAGCCCCUGGUGCGCGUCGCCGUCCUGCCCAGGGCCAGCGCCCGCUUGCUGGCUCUGCACAGUGUCGGCUUCCAGGAUCUGCUGGCCACCCACCGCCAGGACCCGCAGAAGGGCUUGCAGAAGUACAGCCGCUACCUGAGCCUGCAGGCCACGUCCACGCUGCUGCCGGCCCCGCCUGCCUUCCAACUGCAGCCUCUGCACGCCUACUUCGCUGGCCUGUUGGCACAAGAAGAGGGGCUCCCUGCCCUGCCCCCCAAGCACAGCUUGCCAGCAAGGGUCUCCCCGCAUUGCUGAGAGGAGCCGGUGACUGGCUUGAGAUCUCUGGGAGGUGGGGUCCCUGAGCCAGGCUCCCCUCUUGCAGCAGCCCAGGCCCUCACACUUGGUUGUCCCGUGGCUUAGGACCAAUCCCCCUUCUCCAGGACCUGCUCGGCAGAACCUGACCACACUGGCCCUUAGCCGAGAGCUGGACCAGGGACAUCUGAGCAGAGAGACCGUGGCGCAGGGUCUCUCAGUGGCCUCUGUCCUAUCCCAGCUUCUCCACCUGCCCCUCAGGGGUGCAUUUCCUCUCUGACUCCCUGCCACCUGCUCAGAGAGAGCCCGCUGACUUCUCCCAUGGACACCAGCACCCCCUUCUAGGAACCCAAAGUGCCUUUCAUGCCAAGCAGUCCCGGCCUGACUGCCCAGGGGCUUGGCCUCUGUCAGCCUCCCUCUGGGAGCUUGGUCAGCCCACUGGGGCCUCAGAUCUACAGAGACAGAUGCUGCUACUCCUUGUGCCAUGCCGCUCCCCUCCCCUCCCCCAGCUACGUGGCCUCCCUCCCAGCCAUGCAGCCAGCAGACCCCUCUCAGCACCACCCACUCUCCUGCCUUGCCCUGUGGCCUAGGUCUCCCCCCCACCCAGAGCAAGGUAUAACAAAGCAAUCAGCAGGGCCAUUAGAGGUACAGAAUCCUGGCUCCAUCCGACUCGGUCCCUCUGGGUCAGAACCUUAGUGCGCGGGACACCCUGGAAUUGGACCAGAUUCUCCAGGUGAUUCUGGGGCCCACUGAGGUGUGUCAGCCAGGGCCUCAAAAGCGGCCUUUCCAUGGGGGAAGCGGUGCUGAGAGUGGACACUCUGGCCCGCCCAGCUCUGUGCGGUCUAGGAAAGGGCCGUGUCCCCAUCAGGCCAUCCAGUCAUCCGAGGAGUGGACAGCAGGCUUCUGAGGUGGUGGACCAGAAGUUGCUCUCACUUGUCUUGCACAGUCCCUCCCUCCCAUUCCUAGGCCACUGAGGCUAAGCAACGUGGCCAGGUCACAGGUCGGCAGCUAAGUGCCCGUGCCUCCUCUUCCUGGUCCUCUUCCAGGCUGCCUGCUCCUGGAAUGCUCCCACGUCUGUGUAAAGUCCGAGGAAUGGCACCCCAGCCCCCACCCAUGGGUGCUCUGAAGAUCCAAUCAGGGGUCAUAUAGGAGCUUGCUACUGAAAGGGGAAUGCCCCGGCCCUUACACACCUAGUCCCCACGCACCACUGAGCUGACUCCACAGCCCUGGAAUCCCACUCGGUAACCUUGUUCGACGGUCAACCCAAGGGUGAUAGGUUUAAGGACAUCCAGAGUCACCUCACAUGAAAGCCAGACCAAACCCACUGCCCACGAGGCCAUCCGAAUCAUGGGUGACCCUAUAGGACAGGGUAGAACUGCCCCCUGUGGGUGUCUGAGAUGGUAGCUUUCUUAUGGGAGUAGAGCGACCACACCCCUUCCUCUGGAGAAGCAGCUGCUGGUUUCAAACCGCUAGCCUUGCAGUCAACCACUGUGCCUGUGGGGCUCCUCCCGGGAAAGGCAAAAAUAAAAUUCAGCCUUUGAAACCCCUGUGGCGCAUAGCUGCACUCUGACACAGGGGCGUCGUGAGAACUGAGAACUCAGGCUAGAUGUUUCCGGCAGGUGCUGACUCCCAGCUCCGAGGGAAGCCCGUUAAUGGGAGGAGGGGACCAUAACAUGGCUAUGGCAGGCCACUUAGCAGCUGCACGGGCCACAGCCAUUGCCCACACCCUCCUCACCUCAGCCUGGCCCCAGCCAGCCCGAGGAGUGCUGCCAGCGUCCCAGCUCCAACUGCCCUCCUGGCACUUGCUAAUUCCAGGUUCAGCUGAUCACAGUUUUUAUAGCAAAGGGUGGGCUUGCCCUGUCCACGACCACAGCCUUUAAUAAAGACAUGACUUCAAGCCUGCUGCUCCAGUCCAGACUGUAGGGCCCACCUUGGGGGAGCCAGAAAGAAACCUCUUGUUAGGAGGGUGAAGCCCCCCACCCC